CUACGGCGGAACCUGUCUUUGAAAGAAAGCCAGGAAAUAGACGCCGCGUCUGGCUCAGAUGCGUGGCGUGACAAAGCCCGUCGGCUUCGGUCCCUCCAUCUGCGCACGCGGCAUUGGAUGGUGCCGAGCGCAGGCAUCUUCCCAGACGCCUACUUCCGGGGUCCUCCCAUUGAAUCGAAGUUUUCCGCCUCGCCUGUGCUCCAAUCCCGGAACGGGCUUACCUCCCCUUUCAGAUACGAGUCAGGAGCUUGAUUGUGAUAGAACGAAUCAAAGCGGGCAACCCGUUCGCCCUGGGCCCCGGCUCCCACGCACUUAACGGAAUUUUGAGUUCCUCUUGGCUCACAGCACCACCCCCCUAAAAUACUCCCCACCCCACCCCCAUCCAUGUUUCUCUUUGUGCAGCAGGGCUGAGCUGAGAAUUGAGCCACCCUCGAAGGUCCUGGGCCGGGGAAUGAGUAAAGCUGGGGCUGUACCCUACUGGUGGCCAGUGAGGGCCUCGAGCUUGGCGGGCUCUCCUGUGCCUAGGACGGAGGAAGGAGGCUGCCGUCCUCCACCCCAAGCGGAAGAGGCCCUCAGCCACUAAGCGAAGAUCGAGAUUCUUAUCAUACUUUUGGAGCGAAGAUGCCUGGGAAGAGGCCUCUGAGUGUGACUAGCAUCAGAUGCGCGAAAAGGGAGCGCAAGGCAAUCACCUUAGACGUGAAGUUGGAAGUGCUGAGGCGGUUUGAAGAGGGUGAGAAGCUCAGCCAGAUUGCGAAAGCCUUGGGGCUGGCCAUCUCCACCGUGGCCACAAUUCGAGGCAACAGAGAGAAAAUAAAGGCGAGCUCCAAAGCCGCUUCGCCUUCCAGGGUCUCUCAGCUGACCAGGCAUCGAAGCGCAGUGAUGGAGAACAUGGAGCGCCUGCUAAGCUCGUGGAUUGAAGAUCAGAACCGGCGGAACGAGCCUAUGAGCACUAUGAUCAUCCAAGAAAAGGCAAAAAGUCUGUUUGAUGAUUUGCAGCGAGAACAAGGGGAAGGCUCGCAAAUGGAAACGUUUAGUGCCAGUCGAGGGUGGUUUGUAAGGUUUAAAGAAAGACAUGGCUUGCCCAGCUUCAAGGUGAGUAAUGAAGCUGCCGGAGCAGCUGUAGCUGGUGAGCUUAAGUAUUCGGAAGUGCUGAAAAGCAUCAUCCAGAAGGGUGGGUACACACCUCACCACGUUUUUAACAUUGGAGAGACCGGACUUUAUUGGAAGCGUAUGCCUGAAAAGACAUUUAUUUCUGUGGAAGAGAAUGCUGCCCCAGGGUUUAGAUCGGCCAAAGAUCGCCUAAUGCUUCUUCUAGGAAGCAAUGCUGCCGGUGACUUUAAGUUGAAGCCUCUACUGGUGUAUCAUUCCGAAAAUCCCAAGGCUAUGAAGGGCUACUCCAAGCCAAAUCUACCUGUGAUUUGGCGCUCCAACAAAAAGGCCUGGGUAACAAGGAGCAUCUUUCACGAAUGGUUUACAUACUUUUUUUGCCCUGCCGUUGAAAAGUACUGUGCCCAAAAUAAUCUUGCCAACAAAGCAUUACUCAUCCUAGAGAAUGCCCCAUGUCACCCUGUAAAUUUAAGUGAUCUCUGUGAUAAUGUAAGAGUCGAAUACUUCAUUGAAAACAAAGCUGACGCCAUCCAACCCAUGGGUCAAGGUGUAAUCUCCACCUUCAAGGCUCAUUAUCUGAGGAAGACUUUUCAACAUCUUAUAGGAGGAGCUGAUGGAGAGGAUAAGAGUACAAUUAGGGAAUUUUGGAGAAACUACAACAUCAUGAAUGCGGUGGAUAACAUUGCUGAAGCAUGGGAUGAACUUGAGCCAUCACUGAUGAAUAGUGUGUGGAAGAAGAUAUGGCCUGAGUGUGUGCAUGUUCAUGAUGUUUCUCAAAUAGAAACUAUUACACAGAUUCAGCAAGACAUUGUGGCCCUUGCAAAUGACAUGGGCUUUGAAGAACUUGUAGAAGCAGAUGUUGGCCAGUUGCUACAGUCCCAUGAUGAAGACUUGUCCAAUGAGGAACUUACGCAAUUGGAACAAGAGCGAGCUGCAGAAGAAAAGGAAGAGAAUGAAGAUGCUCCACCCAUCCUCCGACAACUGACCACAAAAGAAUUGUCUGAAGCUUUUUCCCAUUUUGAGGCAGGCAUGCAAAUCCUUGCAAAUAAUGAUCCCAACAGUGAAAGGAAAUUUAAAGUUUCAAGAGGAGUUAAUGACACAAUAAGCUGUUACAGAGACUUGUACAAUGAGAAGAAACGGCGUUCACAGCAACUAUCUUAGGAUGCUUUUGGAGGGAGACAGAAAUUUUCUUAGUAAAGUGAUCAAGGAAAAUGAAAUAGCAACAAGAGAGAUUUUCAUGAUUUAGAAAAGGAUCAUAAUGUCUUCAUGUCUCUUUCCCACGACUUGAUGUCUCACUUGGCAGGGCAAGCCAGAGUUUGUUAUUUUUAGUUAUGGUAUUUUCAUUUUGUGACUUAUAAAUAUUAAAUUUUAAUUCUAGAAAUUCCCCUUAAAUUUGUGUUUUUAAAGGAUACCUAACACACUAAAGAUAGUUCCUGAUACUCCUAGAGUUGGAGCAGUUAUGCUUAGAUUUUAGAAGUCAGCUGCCCAGAAGCUUAUUUCUAACUUUAUAUUCUGUUGUAUGUACCUUGAGGUGUGGAGGGGUGUAAACAGUUUCUACUCUUGCCAGGUUUCAAUUCAAGCAC